GCCAUCUGCCUUCCUCGUCUCCUUCUCCAAUCUCCGUGUUGUCGUUCCCGGUGACGCGGCGGAGGUGUAGCCUGACGCGGGCUCUUACGUGUCGGCCAGAAUAAAAGUGGAGCUCCGGAGGCCCGGGAGUGACGAAGGAAGUCCGUGUCGCUUUGCCAAUGAAGAUGGAGUCAGCAGCCGAGGCUCAGCAGGCAGCAGACACUGCUGUGACUGAGACCGAGUGCCAGCAGAUCACCCCGGCACAGAUCGCCACGUUGGCACAGGUGUCCAUGGCAGCAGGACACGCUUCAGCUACAGGUCCCACUGUAACGCUGGUUCAGCUUCCCAACGGACAGACGGUUCAGGUCCACGGUGUCAUCCAGGCUGCGCAGCCGUCUGUUAUCCAGUCUCCACAGGUCCAGGCUGUUCAGAUCUCCACCAUCGCUGAAAGUGAAGAUUCCCAGGAAUCAGUAGACAGCGUGACCGACUCCCAGAAACGCAGAGAAAUUCUGUCACGGCGCCCUUCGUACAGGAAAAUUCUGAACGACCUUUCGUCAGACACGUCGGCCGUUCCUCGCAUCGAGGAGGAAAAGGCUGAGGAGGAUUCGUCCGCCGCUGCAGCCACGCCCUCCAUCACCACCGUUACGGUCCCCACACCCAUCUACCAGACCAGCAGCGGACAGUACAUUGCGAUCACGCAAGGCGGGGCCAUUCAGCUGGCUAAUAACGGCACAGAUGGAGUCCAGAGCCUGCAGACUCUGACCAUGACCAACGCUGCAGCAGCUGCCGCCCAACCUGGAGCCACCAUCCUGCAGUACGCACAGACCAGCGACGGACAGCAGAUACUGGUUCCCAGCAACCAGGUGGUGGUCCAAGCAACCUCCGGCGACGUCCAGGCCUAUCAGAUCAGAGCAGCCCCUGCCAGCACCAUCACCCCUGGAGUGGUCAUGGCCUCCUCGCCCGCGCUUCCUACUCAGGGUGCCACGGAGGAGGUCACCAGGAAAAGGGAGGUCCGCCUCAUGAAGAACAGAGAGGCAGCUCGCGAAUGUCGCAGGAAGAAGAAGGAAUACGUUAAAUGUCUGGAGAACAGAGUGGCCGUCCUGGAAAACCAAAACAAGACUCUUAUUGAAGAACUGAAAGCUCUUAAAGACCUUUACUGUCAUAAAUCAGAGUAGUUCAUCCUACAAACACCAAGCUGGGCCAAGUAGUAUUUAAAUUUAUUUCACGUACUUUCUGACUGAUUCUUCCUGCCAUGGUUGGUCUUGUUGUUUUUUUAAAUCUGAAAGUCACUCCAUCAAGCUCGAAUUCAGGCUAACAGUACAAUGAAUUAAAAGACAUAAAGUAUAUUAUCAUUCAGGAAGAGUAACCAUUAGAAAAGUGCCAAUUAAAACUCGGUACUCUAAAUCAAUUACAAUCUUUUCAAGUGUUACAGGGUGCAG